AUGGUUUCAAACUCUACUUCUGCCCACACGAGGUGUGACUCGGGCUCAAAAAAGAUGCAGGAGAGUUCUCAAACAGCUGUCAAUGUGUUAUUAGAGAUACCCGAAGAAAGCAGUUCACAAUCUUCUGCGAUUUCCGUGCUCCUCCUAUGGUUUGCAACUAUGUACAGAGCAUGCCGAUCAGUCAAGGUUCCGGUGCAACAACAUAAUGUAGUUAGUGGGCUUACAACUCUGUAUGAGAGGACUCUGCAGAUGACCAGAAAUACAAAACUUCUCCAUGGGCUUCCUACAGACUCAGGCAAAAUCUUAAUUCUGGUCUGCGCUGUAUGGGUAUGCUGCUUUAGUUUUGUGUCAUUCGCAAUACGGCUGUUUUGGUAUUUGCUAGGCUCGGCCGUUCAAAGUGUAUUCUUCGGGUGUAUUGCAUACUUUAUUAUAACUAAAUAUAUGCAGGAAUAG